ACUAAUAUCAGGUUUGACAUCUUCAUGCAGAUGGAGUUUCAUCUUCUUUUACCUUCAAACUAUACUUGCAUGUGAAGAACUGAAACCCCAGAAAAUUAUUUGCAUGAAAAAAAACAUUUUCAAAAUCUAUGGAACUUCCAGAUUGUGUAUAUCCUAGGCCACCAGUUACCAUAUUCCCAUGUGCUCCAACACCAAAGCAUUCUCUCCAUCUAUCCAAUCUCGACAGCCAAAAGUUCUUCAAAUUCUCCGUUAAGUAUGUGCACCUCUUCGAGAAAUGUGUGAGCGUGGAUGUGUUGAAGUCUUCUCUGGCAAGAGUUUUGGUGGAUUACUACCCCUUAGCUGGGAGAUUGAGGAGGAGCAGCAUUUGUGAGGAUGAUCACAAGCUUGAGGUGGAUUGCAAUGGAGAAGGUGUUGUGUUUGCUCAGGCUUUCAUGGAUGCCACUGCUCAACAAUUACUUCAACCUUGCAACCUGCCAAACACUUCAUGGAAGAAGCUCCUUUGCAAAGUCAAAGCUCAAAGUUUCUUAGAUCUUCCUCCUCUUAUAAUCCAGGUUUGA